UCAAAAAAUCAAGAAUUUACUCGUGAUAUAUUAAAAAUCCAAACCAACAUGACUUUUUGUAUAAAUUAUUUUUGUGAAGAAAAAUUGUUGAAGCAUUAUUUAGAAUAUUGGAAGGCUAAAAGAAUGGCAUGGUGGAAUCAAUAUAUGCACACACCUUCGAAUAUCGAUUAUAAGCACAUGUCCAAAUAUAAAAGUUCUAGUGAGGCACCUGACGGGAACUCUGACUCAAGGCUCGGUUAUUACAUUGCUUAUAAAGAAAAACAAGCGAAUACGGAAAAAAUUGUAGAAAAUAUUGAACACAAAGGCAAAUACGUAUUAAAAUUAAAGAAUAAAUCUCAGAUGGUUCAUGCUAUUCAAAUUACAAACUAUUUAGAUACUUGUUUGAAUGUAUUUCUUGAUGAUGCAUUUUUGGAGAAGAAUUCAAAUAAAUAUUUAAAUUCCCAUCCUGAUCAGAUAGAAAAAGGCACAUUUUACACUACCUGUUAUACUAUAUGCAACAAGAAAUGA